GCACAUUCCCGGGUGGAUCAACCGGGCAGCGACCCUGGCCGGUCCAUUGGUGGGCGGCUGGCUCGGACCCACGACCCCCGCAGCUCCAGUCCCGCCCGCCCCCAAGGCGUUCGACGGACAGGGCUACACGCUCUCGGGCUCGUCGACCACCGCGACCACGCCCGCACCGCCCCCGAAGGAGGCCUCGGCCAUCACCUACACCAUCAAGCCGGUGACGGCCCUGCAGUUCCGUCUGCACGACGGCAGCCGAGCCCAGGCCAGCUUCAACCACUCGCACACGGUCGGCGACGUCAGACAGUACAUCGACAACAUCACAAGUGUGCGAGCCUACGAUCUGUGCACCUCCUUCCCCAAGACCGUGCUGGCCGACCCAGGGCAAACCCUCGCCGAGGCGGGCCUGCUCAACGCGGUCAUCAUCCAGCAGCUCAAGUGAAGCUCACACCAAACUCCAAAGGGCUCUUCUCCUCAUUGCACACAUGA